AUGCGUUACGCAAUCGUCCUCGGGGCUGCUGCCCUCGUCGCCGCCAGCCCGGCUCCUCAGGCUUUCGACCUUAACGGUCUUGAUGCCCUUGCUACCCUCACCCAGGGUCCUCCCGUUGGUGUUGGCCCUGCUCAAGAGACUGCCUACGUCCAGGGAUCCGCUCGGGCUCAGGCUGCUGCUGCCGCCACAGGUGCUGCCACCGCCCAGGCCGCCAAGAGGAGCCUCAAUGAGAGCGUAACUUCCACAACCUCGACUUCUACCGUCGCCCCUACCACCACUUCUGCCGCCGUUGGCACUCAGACCACAAAGGCUCCCUCGACCACUGACGGUGUCGUUCCUUCUUCCUGCACUCCCGUCGACUGGGUCAACACCUACGCUUUCACUUCUGACCCUGCUUGCCCUACCUCCAUCGAGGUUGGCACUUACUGCGGCUUCAUAAACCCUGACGACCCAUGUGCUCCUCAGCCCGCCGGAAAGGGCACUCCUCCCAAGGACGACACCGUCGACGGUUUCUACAACAACGCUGAAUACAAGCAGCUCGCUGUCUCAGCCAAAACUCCUACUGGUUACCAGCAGGCUUUCGUCAACCUCCAGGGCGCCGCCACUGGUAACGGUUACAUUUCCUACAAGACUCUUGACAGCUACGAUGUCGCUAGCUGCUCCCAGUUCUGUGACGACACCGAUACCUGCACUGGCUUCAACGUUUAUAUCGAGCGUGACCCUAAGUGGAAUCCCCACCAGUGCUCUUGCACCAACCCUCCUUCCAUUAUCAACUACAAGUGCUCCAUCUGGGGACAGAAUGUCAGCAAGGACACCGCUACCAACACUGGCGAGGGCCGUGACGACUUCACGGUUGUCAUCACUGGAUCUAAUGGUUACAACAAGGGCACCUACACUCCUCCCACUCCUCCUUCCUGCAGCAAGCCCCAGAGCUGCGACAACAAGAUCCACGACCAGCCCCGUUACUGCAUGGGCCAGAAGACUUUCCCCGGUCCUUUCGAUCCUUCUCUCUGUGCUGCCUACGCCCAGAAGCAGAACGAGGUCAACCGCGCUAAGGGCUUAAUCGGUGCUUUCCUCUCCAUGUUCGGCAUGAACAAGGGUGGCUGCGUCCAGUUCCAGGCUGCUUACCUCGAGAAGGCUGGCAAGGGUUUCGGUACCCAUUGCCGUCUCUUCACCAAGAAGUUCACUCCUCAGCAGGCCACCUUUGACAUCUCCAUUGGUGGUACCUCUGGCUGGGGUUGCCAGAAGUCCUACACCUGGGACGUUGAUGUCAACGCCAGCUUCAACUGGGGCCUUAGCUGGAAGAACUAAGCGUUUCGAGUAGACAUACAACGCUUCAAGAUGAGUUAUAGCAUAUGCCCGCAUUUGUUUGACGCUUGGGGUUUUGAUUGAAAGUUUGAGUGGUGGUUGACGCAGGGAUGGAUUCCUUCUCUUAUCAUGUGUACAUAUUCAUGACCCUUUGAGCUUAUUAGCUCAUCUGUCACGAC